AUAAACCCAAACCUCCUCGUCCUCUGUCAGACUACCACUCUCUCCCUCGCGGACUCGCGGUUGAUUCCUCGCGGCGGAUUCGCAUCUUCCGCGUCAGGGACAGGGAGAGUACUCCGUCGGACGGUUGGAGGAGAACAGGGAGAGGAGCUCUGAGAUGGAGACGGCCGCCUCGGCAGCGCGCCUGGUGAACUACCCGCUCGUCGCGGCGCUUCUCGCGUUCGCCGUCGCGCAGUCCUCCAAGUUCUUCACCACCUGGUACAAAGAUGGCCGGUGGGAUGCCAGACAGUUUAUAGCUUCUGGAGGGAUGCCAUCAUCCCACUCAGCUACAGUGACAGCACUCGCAGUGGCUGUGGCGAUACAAGAAGGCUUUCAUAGUGCAACCUUUGCAACUGCACUAGUCUUUGCAUGCGUGGUUAUGCAUGAUGCUUUUGGAGUUCGGUUACAUGCCGGAAAGCAGGCAGAGGUGCUGAAUCAAAUUGUCUAUGAGCUACCAGAAGAACACCCAUUAUCAGAGACAAAGCCAUUGCGUGAAAUCCUUGGACAUACUGUUCCUCAGGUUGUGGCCGGUUGCAUCCUUGGAGUUCUCAUGGCUGCCGUUAUGCACCUGUCUCUCGGGAGUUCUUAGUCAACUGUUGUUCAUGGAUGUCAUGACAGAUGAUCACCUAAUGUCUCGCUGGUGAUGGCUAUAAAGCAUGAAGCAUGAUCUCCGCAUGGAUCUGGUUGUCCAAGUGUUUGGUAGUACGAAGUUCUAACCGAUUUAGUUCUGGACAGUAGGAUAUAGGUUGUGUAGCUUGAAUCGGUUACUGUAAAUCUGAAAGGUUUUGCUUUCAACUCCAACUACCAAUCACGGUGUAAUGGAAGCUUUGUUAUACAAUCAACAGCAGUAAAUUCAUUCUGAGG